CAGCACUGGAGGGGGAUCAUUUCCAUGGACCAUCUGUCUCGCUGGCUGCCCACACAACAAAGAAGGACCCAGGAUGGUGUUAGUACAUGUCGGAUAUCUGGUUCUCCCCGUCUUCGGCUCGGUUAGAAAUAGAGUAUCGAGGCUGGCUCUACAUUCCGCAUUUCUCAGACCUUUGUCCCCCUCCAUUGUGUAGCUAACGAUCAUCUGCUGCUGUCUGCCGUAGCCUCUGCCUGUUCUCUGCAUCUAGCUGUAUUGUGAACCCCUUCUUCCUCAUUUCCUCUUUCCAUCCGAAGACGACAUUGGCAUUAAAAUCGAGUUCCCACUCAUACCGUAUCCUUCUGUGUAACAGACUAAAGAAUAACACCUUCUGUAGCCAACAGUUUGUCUUAAUUUAAACUGUCAUGUUGCUCUUUAGUGAAUAACCCAUUGUAGCAUUAGAUUUGACUACAGACUGUCAUUGUGUUUCUCCCAUUCAGUGUGGAUAGAAUACAUUCUGCUGUAAAUUUCUGUAAAGUGGAUACUUUUUCAUUCUCCUUUCUAAAUUUAUUAGAGUGAGGCUCGAUCAAAGUCAUUGGAUGUUGUGUCCAUCCCCUAUUUGUUAAGGUGCAUUGUACCAGCUUUUGUCAUCAAUGACACCUGUCUAUGAUCACCUUCUCUCAAAUAACCAAUUAUCAUUUUGUGCUAACAUUCAGCAAUUGGCCUACACUUACAGUACUAAAAUCACAAUAAUUUGGUUCACUGCACCUGCUAUAGUGGCAUCCAAACGACUGGUCACAGUCCCAUCCAUGUGUGAAAGCCUUUGAUCCUGCGAGCUAAAUUGACUUUGUCAGUUAUAAUAAAUUGGCAAGACUCUGGCCUAACUUGUCUUGCCAUUUUGAAAAUCUGAGCCCCUUUCUUAAAGUCUUUUCUUUUGACACUUCCAGAAUGCUAUCCAUUUUACAGGGAUGUGUAUAUCCUGCACUGCUGUAGAUCUCCUUUUAGAAUCAAAAUGUCUUUUUAUUCUUUGGUUGUGGUUUUUUCUACCUUAUGUUCUUGUAUUAGAUCCUAAUGCAUGGUCAUUUUAUACUUUUGUUUUUCCACAUUGAACAGCAGAUUCCAAUGUAAUCUUUGUUUAGAGAUGUCCCUGCUGUACUGAAUUGUGCCGUAAGCAUACACAUCUACUCAUUGGAUGCUGCUUCUGUUCUGUUAACCCUACAGAGAGCAUGGUCGGGCCUUGCCUUUGGUCUUUAUUUGCAUGGUAUAAUUAUAGUUAUACAGUACCUGUUACUCUUAUUAUUACUAUUAUCACACAGUGCCACACAUACUAAUAUUUUCCAAUAAAGACUGUAGUUUUCUUCCUAACCUUCAGUGUGCUUUUUGCUGAUUUCCAUGUGUUCCUCCCUUCCUCCCUCCACACUGCUGUCACUGAGACAGUCCCCUCACUCUAUAUGUGCUCUCAUUUCUUGGCUGUCAUUGACAGAGUUUCUUCACAUUGUUGCUCUGCAUAGUUUAUAGAGUUGGGACAACCAAAUGUUCUAGAAUGUUUAUAAUGUAACAUUCUGUCAUUCCCUCCUUUUCCAUACAUGGUUCUUUAAAAAAUGCAACUCAGUGUCACUCAUUGGUGUUUAUUGGUGUCGACUUAACAUUGGAACUAUUUUGGACAAAACUCACAAAAAGGACUUUGAAAUGAAUGGAGCACACUUCAGCAGGCAUCACAAUAGCCAUGCUACCUCCUGCCGACACUUUCACCUGGGUGCUCCCCAGGCACCACUCUCAGCUGAGUUCCCUCUAGGACACAGCAGCCAGUCUCCUCAGACAGGCCUGUCCACCCACCUGCCCCCGGCACACCACCCACCUCUCACUGCCCUGCCUGCACCCCCCCAGUUCCAGGAUGUGCCGGGGCCUCCAUUCCUACCUCAGGCCUUACACCAGCAAUACCUCAUCCAGCAGCAGCUUAUCGAAGCGCAGCACCGCCGGAUCCUCCCACACUCCAGAAGAACCCAGGAGCGUAUUCCCCUCAACCCCCACAGACUGCGUCCCGGCUAUGAGUACUCGCCGCCGCUCCACGUUCCACAGCCAAUGGCGCAGCAGCAGCCGCCGCGGUACCUGGCCGAGGGCACUGACUGGGAUCUCAGCGUUGACGCCGGCCUCCCUCACCACCAGUACCAGCUCCAGCAGCUUCCACAUCACUAUCAGCAUUACUUAGCCUCCCCUCGGAUGCACCACUUCCCCAGGAACACAUCCUCCACACAAGUGGUUGUGCAUGAAAUCAGAAACUACCCGUACCCCCAGCUGCACCUGUUGGCCCUGCAGAGUCUGAAUCCUUCAAGGCACGCCACUGCUGUGCGAGAGAGUUACGAGGAGCUGUUGCAGCUGGAGGACCGGUUGGGGAGCGUCAGUAGAGGAGCCGUUCAGACGACCAUAGAGAGAUUCACCUUUCCACACAAGUACAAGAAGAGAAAGCCAUUGCAGCUAAAGAUUGGCGAGGAGGAGGAAACGGAUGUGGAUGAGAAAUGUACCAUCUGUCUGUCUAUGCUGGAGGACGCAGAGGACGUCAGGAGACUACCCUGCAUGCACCUCUUCCACCAGGGCUGCGUGGACCAAUGGCUGGCCACCAGCAGGAAGUGUCCCAUCUGUCGCGUUGACAUCGAGACACAGCUGAACCCUGACAGCUGAUGAGAUUCAAGCCCCCCCUCCCAUCCUCCUCCUCCUCCUCCUCCUCCCCUGCUUGUCAAUCACCCAUAUGUGGUUUCUGCUCUCUUCCACCCACCACCACCCCCCUCCGCCUGGCCCCGCCUCCCCUGCGCUCCUGUUGUUGGGUGCUUUGCCAAAAUGUCUCCAGACUUCACGUGACAUCACCAACCUUCUGACUCACGCUUUAUUGAGCCAAGCCCGGACAACUUACUGCACGAGGGGCGACCGCAAUGGACGUCUCUUUAAAUAGAAGCACAUCUCUCUGGAAGCAGAAGGCAUACACACACACACACACACACACACACACACACACACACACACACACGCUCCCAGUCAUGUACACAGGGUUUACUUGUAGCUUGCUGGUCGUACGUGGGGUGUCGUUGCUGUUCUAGUGUUGUACUGUAGGUAAUAGCCUUGGGCUGUGUAGCAUGUCCUUAAAGCCAUGACUUGAUGUUCUGAGAGUGGAAAACACGCAACCCCACACUGAGCUGGCUACUUAACACACACACACACACACACAUACAUACAUACAGUAUAGUGUAUAUAUGCGGUGUUUUCUCUUUUCAAACACAACCAAUAUUAAUAUUCUGCCACAUAAGAAAGUUUAACAGACACUAAAUGCUCUGAUGCCAUGUUUACCUAAAGAUCAUUUGUGUAGUAGAGUAGCAGUAACCAGCAAGUGAUAACCUGGUCGCAGCCCCGCCUUCCUGGGGGUCAAGCACCAGCGAGCUGAGUGUUUUUAAUCCGAUCAUGCAGCUUUGACAUUUUGCAAUACACUUGUACAUUUACCUUUGGGGCCGGUGUCGCAUGUGUGUGUGUGUGUGUGUGUGUGUGUCGUCUCAUUCACUGCCCCAACACACACACACACACACACACACACACACACACCCUGAGCCCAGUGACUGAGCCGUGGUGUGCUUAACGUUUAAAAGUAGUUAGAAGGUGUUGUACCAAAAUGGAUUUUUCUUCAUAGUGUAGCUUCAAACGUGACACGGAGCGCACGUCCACGUCUGUGCGCUGCCCUGCUCUGUGUGUGUGUGUGUGUGUGUGUGUGUGUGUGUGUGUGUGUGUGUGUGUGUGGGUGACUCCAGAGCACGUGGCUCCCAGGGUCAAACUGGGCAAACAUGAGUGUGUUUGAAACGGUUUCAGGUAAACUCACGAGCAUGGCCACUGGAGUGCUUAUACAACACAAAGCCAAAUAAAAAAAAAAAGGAGGAUGGAUGGAUGAAAAAAAAAAAAAAAUAAAUUCAUGCACUAGCUGGAGACUGAGGUGGGAGGAGGAUUUAGCCGCUCUCGUACCUGCGCCUUCACCUGGCGCAGGGCCAGUGGCAGAGCGUUGCUGUAGCUGAAAUGCAUGUUUCCUCCAUCAACUCCGGCUGUUAGCUUUGCUGGGAUUAUUUCGUAUUAAAAAAGGGGGCAGAGACGGCUGUGCAUGACUUAGUUAAUCUGAGCUGUGACUAUCUUCUCAACACUAACAAACAAAUGAGUCCGGUGUCAGUAGUGGAUCCCCCCUGACUUGUAGCGUGUGUUCGUCCCCUUUGGUGGCAAACAAUGGGGUCCACUUCUUUUUUUCUUUUUUCUUUUUUUUUGACCUUUUUUGCCUAAAGAACAAGCACAUGUGACAAUAGUUACAGCAACAAAAGUCUUUUGAUUUUCUUUUGUUGGUAUUGCAUUUGCGUUGGUUUAUAUUUAGAAAUAGAUUCAUGCAGUGUUUCGAGCAGAGAGAGAGAGAGAAGAGCUUGUGUUUUGAUCUUGUGUAUUUAUGUGACAGACCUCCCCUCGUGGUUGCUAUGCUGGUUGCUAUGCUGUAUUGCUAGAACAUUUAGAAUGUGGCGUUAACGGAGGCAGCCUCUCUCUCACACACGCAGUGCACACAGACACGAGCAGGGAAACCGUCAGGCUGUUAAAUCCAACCUUUAUUCUCAGCUGUUUGCUUUUCUGUCUAUUUUCAUCCUUUGUGUCGGGCCGGUCUCUGACGGCCGCACUGUGGGAAUUAAGACUUGACCCUGAGUCUCUCUGAGCCUCGGGGGGCAGGGGGGGGGCCCCCAGUGAUGAUGAAUCAGAAAAGUUGGACGUGCCUGUGUCGUGUGUGUGCACUGCCAGUGUUGACACUGCCUCCUCCUGUAGUGGAGUCAUCUGUGAUGAAGUUUUCAUAGUUUACACAGGGUGUUGUCAAUUGAGAUGCCUUAAGUAUUUAACAAUCAUAAUUUAUUACUAACUGUAGAUAUUGUGGGUAUGUAUUUAAUUUUGUAUAGUUUUUUUUCCGUGGGUGGGUGC